CAAAAAGCAACUGUGACCCACACAGCCAUCCUCCACUGAAUCCAGCCCCAGGGUGCGACACAUGCCCUUCAGACCUCCAGGACCACCAGGGCCGAGCAUGGCUUGGGGGUCCUUUCUGAGCAAGACCCAAAAUCCAGCAGCUGCUGCCCCCCCCCCCCCUUUGCUGGGAAGGUCCCGGAUGCCUCUUCAAGCACAGGAGUGGGCAGGAUGUGGAGGAGGAGGAGGUGCUGGACCCUACCCAUCUGUGGCAGCCUCCUCUCCCUGGGGCAGCACGGGUGCAGGCGGCUGGGGGGAAAAGAGGCAGAGGUGAGGGUCCCGCUGCCCCUGCCCACAUUCACCCCACCCGCUGCACCUCAGCCCAGUGGGAGGCCCCCGCUGCCCCCCCGAUGUCUGGAGGGAGCAGGGUGUCCCCGGGUAGGCGGGCGGGCGGCCGGGUAUCAGCAUCCGCAACCAGGGAAAAGGGGAAGGCCGUGCUCGGGACGUGGCGAUAACCCGGGGGACGCGGCCACAGCCCGCAGCACCGCUCGCCAUGCAGGACCCCUGCCGCUGCCUCCUCCUCCUCCUCCUCUUCCUCCUCCUCCUCUGCCUGCUGCCGCUGCCGCCGCCGGGUGCCUCAGGCCUUGCAUCACCGCUGCUGGAUGACCCUCGAGACCUGCCACCGCCACCCGGCACCGCUGACCCUGCUGCCCGCCUGCUGCGCGGCCGCCCCUCGGCCCCGGUGCGGCCCUACAGCCUCUCGCUCUCCCCCGAGGACUACCGCUACGCGCCCAAGCCCCGACAUCUACGGCCCGGGCGGCUUCGCCGGCUGCUGGGCUCGGCCUUCGACUCCUUCUGGAUGUCGGCCGAGGAGCCGGCGGGUCGCAACAGCACCGCCGCCACCGAGGACCUGGAGGCCCUGAGCCGGGAGCUGGCGGAGGGCGCCGGGCGGUACCGCCGCAAGCUGUGGCGCGAGGCCGAGGGGCUGGAGCUGCCCACCCUGCUGCCCCCCGUGCCCGGGCUGCCCCCCGAGCUGCCCACCACCGUGGCACGGCGCCUGCGGCAGUGGCUGGUGGAGUGGGCCGCUUGCCGCCUCACCUCUGCCUGGGUGGACCUGGGGCCCGUCUUCUGGCCCCGCUGGGUGCGCCAUACCGCCUGCCAGCCCGACGCCUCCGGCUGCUCCUGGCCCCCCGGCAUGGCCUGCCGUCCUGCCCAGCUCACCCACCUCAAGCUGCUGGCCUGGCACUGCUGGGCCCCGCGGCCCCCCGGCCCCCCGCACUGCGCCUGGCGCCAGAUCCCCUACCCCGUGGUGGUCGCCUGCAAGUGCUCCUGCCGCUGAGGGGCUGGGGAACAGAAGAAAAUAAAAUGCC